AUGGUGAGAGAGGGAUCUUUUGCGGCCGGUUUGCGGCCAGUUGUGCCCUGGCAUUUCAUACCGCCUUUUCUCUUUCUCUCUCUCUCUGCAUCUGCAUCGCUCUGUCUGUUUCUAACCUUGAGCCUGUCAGUAAAGCCCGUCUACAAAGUGAAUACACCGGAACUUGACUCUUCAUGGCAAGGCCAUCGUACAAGUGGGUCCGGCGGUCCUUUAGAGUGGAUACAUAAUUGUCCAGAGAUCCUCUCCACCCCCUUUUCUCCCCUCUUUACCCAUCGACCGCUUCCUCCUCUUACUCUUGCUCCUCUUGCCCCUCUUUUAUUUCCUCAUUACCGCAACACUAUGUCCACAACACGUUUCGAAAGCUCUAUGAGGGCUGGAAGUAAGCGUACUACCAACUUCUCAGGCCAAUAA